CCAAACAAUCGAGCAACCCAAUAUCCCUUCCGAAGCUGCACUGACCAGUUCCCGAACCAUUCAUACAUUUCCGUCGCCCAAGUAACAGAUCUCAACGCAAGCGCCCUCUUUCCAAUCACCGCUACUGCACUCACUUCUACCUGUUCGGCUGGCUCAACACCACACACUGAGUCGGAGCCUUGCCCUACCGAUGACUGUAAUGGUGACGACUCGACCCAACAUCCAAGCCUAGAACGCGAACGCGAACACGACAAUUCUUCCAGCACCCUCAAUCGUUCCUUUCACACAUGGUCCUCCCAGUUCCCACGACACCCGCUUGUCUAUUAGAAGCAUUCGAUCCCCGUUGGCGCAGACCGCGCGGUUGCGGCACCCAGUGUGAGCCCGGGACAACAUGGCUGCAUUCGUCAGAGUCUCGGGGCCGCCAAACAGCAAUUUUCUCGUGGGAUACCCAGGGAUAUCGGCUACCUUGGUAAGGCCUCUCUCAAGUCUUUGUUUAUGCUCGAGUAUUUGGGUAGUUUCCCCGCGAACCGUUUUGCGCUAACACGGGACGUUUGACUUGGACCAGCCGAGGAUAGAAGGCAAGGUAGAAAUCAGACCGCUCACAGGCAUUUCAGCCCCCGUUGCCAUCUCGUUGGUACGGAUAUGUUUGCAGCGUAGGGAAACCAUACAUCCGUCUGCCGAAUCGAUCGCAAAGAAACAUCUGGGCACGCCGAGGAGGGAGACGACGGAUGUAGUGGGGAAGGAGCUGCUCUUGUUUAGAUGUCCGGCGGGGAGGGAAUCGGAAAGUGUCGUGUUGAUGGAUUUACCUUUCGUAUUGUUUAUACCCUUUGGACGCGGAGGGGAGGAGACCAAUCGAAGAAUUCCACCCGCCUCAUUACAGCUACCCAGUCGAACGGCGGAAACAUAUUACGAGCUGGUAGUAACCGUCCAGCAAGGGCAGGAUCAGAAGAAAUUCGCUUUUCCGGUGCCAAUACAGAGAUAUGAUACAUUAUCAACUUUUGGCAUGUACAAUCGACCAGAAGCUGCAGAACAGACGGCCGAUCAUCUGGUUACGUUGGCUAUCUCUUUACCGCGGUGGUCGUAUGGUCCUCUAGAUCCAGUGAGCGUUUAUAUCAAGCUCUCGCCUAAUCCGGAUUGGCUGAGUAAAGCGAAGAAGGUCAUGAUUCAGAAAAUCACAAUCGGAAUAGAGGAAGAAAUCACAUAUAACCCCGAGGGAGACGAGCCUACGAAAAAGGUUAAUCGAAUAGCGAAACAUACGCAGAAUGUAGGUGUCAGAUUACCAGAAGCGGGAUACUUGACAAAUUUGGGACUGGUCUUUCCCUCGAAGGAGUUACGGGAUGCCGAGGGAAUUAUUAGGAGAGGGAAAGCUGCGUUUCCAUUGUAUGGUGUAAACUCUUUUACGACGACUGGGACUCUUUAUAAGAUUGAGUUUUUCUUGAUUAUCAAGGUAUUUAUUUAUUCACUUUGUUUUGCUUGAUAAUUACUAAUUGCUAAUGUUGAAAUAGGCACACAUGUCCUCAGCAAGAGACAUCGUAUUGAGACAGCCGAUUGUCGUCUGUCCUAUUGAUCAACAGGAUUGUAAAGAGGAAAUGGAUGCUAUUGAACAAGCCGCCAAGGAUGCUUCUCAUGUGGAUCCGCAUAAUCCUAUGUUACCCGCUUGCACCAUUAUCAAAGCAAAUGACAAGGAUGCGCUCAAAGCCCUUGGGUGGACAAUGGUUGGUGGGCAGAGGAAGAUGGUUAUUGAAUGAGGCUCUCGAAUAUGUGAGGGAAUCUAGUCAUACAUUAUUGGUGGAGACCAUCUACCAUUCAGAUCCUAUCAUUUGGGAGAAGGGGAUAUGAAGCAAGCUGUUUAUGGUGAAUUUCGAUCAUUCGGAACCGUCGGAUCUCUCAUCUGCCAAACUUUCUGGGAUGAUUGGAUGGAUACCCUGGAGCUAUCAACACUAUUGUUUUGCGACGGGGUCGACUGAGGAAAAGACACAUCGGGCACAUCAAGAAGAGGCUUUGGACUUUUUACGAUGCGGGCGGGAUACCACAGCAAAUGGACUAUGUGGUAUUGACCAAUCUGGCAGGUCUUGUCUGGCGUUUUCCGGAUUUCAGGGGAAACUUUACUCGGGGAGUGGAGCGAAUACCAAAUGCCUUUUUUUCACGACCUGCUUCACGCGAACCCCCCGCAUUUUUUUCUUGACUGCAUUUUCAAUGGCGUUCUGGGGGGAGGGGAAUGGGAGGGGGAACUUGAUCUCUGGAUUUAAAAUCUGCUGAUAUAUGGAUGAGGGAUGGUGAUUACGACUCGUCUCAUUCCGGGAUUUGUGACGUGUAUGUGAUCUGAUUGAUGGGAUUUGGUUAGGAGAACUUGAAGGAGAGGAGAGAGGAAGGAUUUGUGGGUUUUGUAUGAGUGAAUUGGGUCUUGGCUGGAUGGGAUUUGGUCGUAUCUAUUGAACCAAAUGACUUGGCUUGGCUGGAAGGAAGAAAUGGGAUUGAUGAUUUAGAUGUUGAUGAUGAUUGAUUUGAGGUAGCAUAGGAUAGGAUAGGAUAGGAUAGGAUAGGAUAGGAUGGGCAAGGCAAGGCAAGGCAAGGAAUGAAGGAGAUGCAGAAUAUAAUGAAUAUUUGAA